AUGGGCUCCUCGAAACUCACGCCUUCGCCAUCCCCGGCCAAGGGAGACGCCAAAAAGUCGCGGGCCAAGCACGCAUGUCGCGAGUGCAACAUCCGCCGAGUGCGCUGCGAUGUGACGGAGAAGCAGCCGUGCUCAAACUGCCUGGCCGCGGGGGCGAGUUGCGAGAUUCUGCCCUCGCGCAGAGGAAGAGAUUCAAUGCAGGAUGCUUCCAAUCUACGAAACAAUGCGCCUCAGGACUCUGAGGACUCUCAGGGCCAGGAAGUUGAGGAAUCUUCACCGAGUCCGGUGCCGGGCACUCGUUUCUACGGCGAAUCAAGCUUUCUCACUCUCGUUCCCAGCGACGAGGAGGAAAUUUCCAGUCGGUCUUACGCCUCGAGAGGCAACAACGCCAAUAGCCAUAAACAGCGCUUCACAUUUCCCCUGCCGGCCACGCCACAGUCGACUUCUCAGACCACCGAGGGCCGUACCGAUCUCAGUCCCGGGACAAUGCGCUAUCUGCGCAACGAGGGCGCAUUAACACUCCCGGAUCUUCAGAGCUGUCUGCCAGCCUUGGAAGCGUACUUUAACUGGUUUCAUCCGAGCUGGCCCCUUCUAGAUAGAGCGCAGAUAGCGCGACGACUGGCAAAUGCCACUUCCUUCUCGUCGGUAGAUAUAUCCCGGAUGCUGUUGCAGGCAAUGCUCUUCAUCGGCGCGACGUACUGUGACGCAGCAACCAUCCGAGCCAUGGGGUUCGAAGACAGAUAUCAGGCCAAGACGACAUUCUACACAAGAACCAGGAUGCUCUUCCACGCCGAUUGGGAAAAGGACGAAACGGUGCUGAUCCAGUCGCUGUUCUUGAUGAGCUUCUGGAGAGGAGCGCCAACGGAUGUGAGAGAUGUGCGGUACUGGCUUGGAAUUGCAAUUACGCUUGCUGAAUCGUAUGGAUUCCAUCGCUCAUCCCGCUCCAUGUCCAAAGACUCACACACAGCUCGAAUGAGACGAAGAAUCUGGUGGACAGUCUACGUAAGGGAGCGACAAGCAGCAGCGUCUUUGGGACUUCCCAGCAGAAUAAGAGACGAAGACUGUGACAUUGAGCCGCUCAGCCCAUCAGACUGGGAAACAGACAACAGUGGCCCCGACUCUCCCUUUGGCUCGUGUCUACCGGAGCACGUUACAUACGCAAUCAAGAUGGUCGAAAUUGCCAAGUUACUGGGAAAAAUCAUUGAUGUUCAUUUCGUCCCUGGCAACGCUUCACUAUCUGUGACUUCAUCAAACACUCUUCGAGAUCUCAACAUCUCUCUUGAAGCUUGGAGAGAAAGUCUCCCAGAACACAUCAAAUACUCUCCAGAGGAAGGCUCUGAUUCUGUAUGGACAUGUCUCCUUCAUCUCGCAUAUAACCAUCUCAAGAUCCUGAUACACAGGAACAGCUUCCUGCGCCUUGAGUCUACCACGCCUGGCUCGCAAAUUGUCCUUAAAGCGGCUUGUCGUAUCAGCCGCAUUGCCGAAGACAUGUGUACUCAAGGGAUACUCCGUUACGGACAAAUGCAUCUCAUCACAAGCAUCUUUUCUGCUCUUUGCAUCCACACCAUUACAAUCCGCCGAGGCACCGGUCUUACGAGACGCCUUGCCGAACAUCGCGCCGAAACAUGCCUCCUUUGCUUGAAAGAAGUCCAAAAGUACUGGCGCAUCAACAACAACACGCUCGAUCUCUUCUUACACCAUGGACACCUCAGCCGCAGACGCGAAUCUGCGCUCAAGCCCCCACGCUGAAUACGACUCUGCGCCAGCCUAUGAUAUUACGAU